CAUUUCUUCAACGUUUUCAUGUCCUUCGCUUCCUUGUUUUGUGAGAAAAACUCUCCUUGGAUUUCUUGUCUUUUGCCUGGAUCUUCAUCAAAAUUACAUCUUUCUUUUCCAUAAUUUCUUUUUCUUUUUUGGAUUAGAUCCAAAGAAGAGAAGCAUUGAUGGUUUGGUGAAAAAUCCGUAUUUUUUUUGGCUUAAAGAUUUGUCCUUUAUGUGAUUUGAGAUCAGCACAGAAAAAGGAGAGAUCCAGUGACUCUCUUUGGUUCAAAUUGGGAAGGCUUGAAUCCAAAGAUGGUAUUUAGCUCAACUACGCAAGCUGCCUUCUUUUCUACAAAUCUCUGAGUUCGAAGUGUUUGGAUCCAAUUUUUUUUCCUUUUAGAGCAAAGCUUGAAUUUGUGAAAGAAAUCUCAGUGAGAAUCCAUGGAAUCUGCACCAACUUCUCAAGCUUCAGUGGAUGAGGAGAGAGCUGAGGAAGGGGAGGCAGUAAGUCUUGUUAGACAGGACUCAGAGGAGAGUGGAGCUAAGGCAGAAGGGUGGCUUUGUGCUUCACUUUCUUCACCUGUGCAUUGGUUCUUGAUGCUCGCGGAUGAGACACACUGGAGCUUUGUGUUUGGGGUUGUCACUGUGUAUGGGAUUAGCCAAGGAUUUGGUGGAGCUAUUUCGCGGGUUGCUUCUGAUUAUUACUGGAAGGAUGUUCAGAUGGUGCAGCCAUCGGAGGCACAGGUGUAUCAGGGAAUAGCUUCUCUUCCAUGGAUUGUUAAGCCAUUGUGGGGUCUUCUCACUGAUGUGCUUCCAGUGGCCGGGUAUCGGAGGCGGCCAUAUUUCAUUCUAUCAGGUCUGUUGGGAGUGAUCUCUAUGCUUAUACUUUCACUGCACAAAAAGCUUCAUGUCCUUUUUGCGAUACUAGCGCUGACUGCAGGCAGUGCUGGAGUGGCUAUAUCAGAUGUAACUAUUGAUGCUUGUGUUGCACAAAACAGUAUAAGUCAUCCUACACUUGCUGCUGACAUGCAGAGCUUGUGUGGAUUAAAUGCAUCAAUUGGAAGGCUUCUGGGGUUCUCCAUUAGUGGCCUGCUUGUUCAUGCCAUUGGACCUCAGGGGGUACUGGGUCUGUUAAGUGUCCCUGCUGCACUGGUAUUUUCAGUUGGAAUAGUGCUAAAGGAGUGGCGUAUACCGAACUUCGUUUAUGGGCAGGUCCAUGAGAAGUUUCUUCAAGCUACCCGAAGUAUGUGGAGCACAUUAAAAUACCCAAAUGUCUGGAGGCCAUGUUUAUAUAUGUACUUCUCAUUUGCCUUAAGCUUGAAAAUCCAAGAAGGAAUGUUUUAUUGGUAUACCGAUAAAAAUGCGGGCCCAUCUUUCUCCCAGGAAACAGUUGGCUUCAUUUUGUCAGUUGGCUCCGUUGGUUCUCUUCUCGGAGUGCUGCUCUACCAGAAUCUGUUGAAGGACUGUCCUUUUCGUAGCGUGCUCUUCUGGUGUCAAUUGCUUUCUGGUAUUGCUGGAAUGCUGGAUUUAGUUCUGGUAUUGCGUUUAAACUUGAGAGUUGGCAUACCAGAUUAUUUCCUUGUUGUGAUUGACGAGAGUGUGUCUCAAUUGAUUGGCAAUCUCAAAUGGAUGCCACUUCUUGUUCUCAGCUCCAAGUUAUGUCCCCCUGGCAUAGAAGGCACAUUUUUUGCAUUGCUUAUGUCCAUUGAUAAUGCCGGCUUGCUAACAUCAUCAUGGGGUGGUGGCUUACUACUUCACAUCUUGAGAGUUACCCGAAAAGAUUUCACUAAUCUCUGGGGAGCAAUAUUGAUCCGCAAUAUGAUGAGAUUAUUGCCAUUGACGUUUCUAUUUCUUGUGCCGAAUAUUGAUCAACAUUCUACAGUUCUUCCAGCCGACAUUUUAGUAGAAAAUGGAAACACGAAAACUCAUGAGGUUAAAACAAAUGAUAUUGAAUUGCUUUCUCUUGUUAACAGCAGCGAAAUUGGAGUAGAAAAAGCUUGACUAUUUUCUGGUCUGUGUCCUAGUACACACAUAAAUGACAAAUUAUCAGUUCAGGAUGCUACAUUGGUUGCAGGGGGAAUAGCUUAGCGUAUCAUUCUUUUAUCACUUCAUUAUACCAAUGAUAAACAGUACAAUCAGAAUCAAGACAUCUAUUGGUUACUGGUGAUCGGCACUAUGAAUACAGAGAUAAGUUCAUACACUGCAUGCAAACACAAAUUUUUGUAGACUGGAUGCAAUGUAAUUUUUCCUUCAAACAGAGAAGUUGUCCACUGAUUUAUGGAGAGGUGACCGCGAUAAUAGAAGAUACCUUUUCAUUUACUCUUAAGAAUGUUGUUAGCAUUCUCUACGUAAAUGUAGUCCUUGAGUUUUAGCAUCAAUUUUUACCUCAUUCUUUGUGGUUUCAGAUAUUUGGUUGCUUUAAUAGAGGCAUGAUGCUUGUAUUAUUCUUCUUUAAAUUCAA